AUGAGUGACACCAACAGAAUUCUGAAUUCUCUUCCAUUUCUUGACGUGGUUACUCAUGGUGUUCCUGAGCUUGAUGAGAAUGCAACUGAUGCUCAGAGAGUCGCGCACAAGGAAGCAAAGAAGAAAGACUGCAAGGCCGCAUAUUGCAUUCAAUCGGCGGUAGGUUCAACAAAUUUCAACAGAAUUUCUCAUGCUGAAUCGGCGAAUGAGGCAUGGGAUAUUCUUGUCGAGUACUAUGAAGGAUGUGAGAAAGUUAAGGUCGUCAAAUUGCAGAUUUUGCGACAGAAGUAUGAAUUGUUGCAGAUGGGAGAAGAUGAAAAGAUUGCAGGUUAUGUGUCAAAGGUGCAAAAUCCUGUCCAUCUCAUGAAGGGUUGUGGUGAAACCCUAACUAAUAAGAUGAUAGUUGAAAAGGAAAUACAUAUGUUGACCUUUCACUUUGAUCACGCUAUCGUAACUAUUCAAGAAUCCAAUAAUCUUGAAACCAUGAAACUAGAAGAUUUGGUUGGUUCAUUGGAGGCACGCAAGGAGGAAGGAGCAAAUCGUGCACUCCAAGAUUCAAAUGAUUAUGAAGAUAUGGUGGUUAUGGUUAUAGUUGGAGAUGACCAUGUCGAAUCCAAGAUCUGGUUCCUCGACUCGGGUUGCUCGAAUCACAUGACUUUUCAAAAAGUAUGGCUAGCAGAUUUUGACUCGUCGAAUAAGAGUAAGGUCAAACUUGCUGAUAAUAGCUCAUUGCAAGCAGAAGGUACUGGUGACAUAGUUUUUCAAAGGAGCGAUGAAGGAAAAGCUAUGAUCAAAGAUGUACUCUAUGUACCUAGAAUGAAGUGCAACCUGUUAAGUGUUGGACAACUGAUCGAAAUAAGUUUCUCAGUGAUUAUGAAAGAUGGAGCCUUAGAAUUGUUUGAAACCUAG